AUGUCGGAGAAAAUCUAUAACCGCACGAGAAGCGAGAGUGCCUCAAGCAUAGAGUGCUCCGCAACCAGUGGCUUUGAUUCUGAGAAGAAAACAAGCAAGUGGGAUUACAUAGGAAGGAUUUUUCUAGUAUUGUUCAUACUCAUUGAAGCAUACAGGCACCUUCCAGAAUUUAGUGGCGGGUGUAGCCACACAGAUGCGAAUGACUUGGCAGGCGCUAACGAGUAUAACGUUGACCCAAGUGCCUCUUCACCAUUACCCAUGGAAGUUAGUCGUAUAGUCAGUGGUGCAUAUAAGACCUUUGCUAAUGAAGUGAAGGAAGAAGAAGACUACAUAAUUUUACCUACUAAGACUGCCGAAUACAACGGGAAAUUCGAUAGAAGGGCAGAUAAAAAGACUACAAAGACUACUGAUAAUCCCAAAUCGUCGGAGACUACGGCUGCCCUGAAGCCAACUAAAUUUUACAAUCAAGCUGGGGUGAGAUUUGUCUUUGUAUUGGCUGCCUUUGUCAUACUUAACAUGUUUGCAAUUGUUAUUCAUCAUAUCUACCAAAAGUUGAGCGGCUCGCAAAGGCGCUAUAGGAAUGUAGAUCAGAACAUUUCACCAUUUUAA